AUGCCCAUAACCACCUCUGUAACCAAACUCCUCAACAUUCGUGUCCCUGUUGUCCAAGGUCCGCACUUCAGUUCUUCUGUGUUCACCGUUCAAUAUACGCCAGGGGGGAUGCAAUGGGUUGGCCUCCCGAAACUGGUGGCCGCUGUUUCUAAUGCCGGCGGCUUGGGUGUAAUCACUGCCUUGACCCAACCAAAUCCAGAGGCACUGCGAAAUGCUAUCCGCGAGACAAGGAAACUCACCAAGAAGCCGUUUGGUGUCAACAUUACCCUACUCCCGAGCAUCAACCCUCCGGAUUACGCCGGCUACGCACGAGCUGCAGUCGAGGAGGGUGUUAAGAUCUUCGAGACCGCAGGCAACAACCCUGGCCAACUCAUUAAAUACCUCAAAGAGAACAAAGCUAUAAUCAUCCAUAAGUGUACCACCAUCCGCCAUGCCAAGAGUGCGGCAAAACACGGUGUCGAUGUUCUCAGCAUCGAUGGGUUCGAAUGUGCCGGACAUCCGGGAGAGGAAGACAUUGGUGGGCUGGUGCUGCUGGCGCGUGCUGCGAAGGAGUUGAACAUUCCAUAUCUGGCUUCGGGGGGCAUCGCUGACGCCCGAGGCUUCGCUGCAGCAUUAGCUCUUGGCGCUGCUGGCGUCAACAUGGGAACGCGUUUCAUGUGUACGGUGGAAGCACCUAUCCACCAGAACAUCAAACAGAAGAUCGUCGACUCGACUGAGCAAGACACGACCCACAUUUUCCGCACUCUCCACAACACUGCUCGUGUCUUCAAGAACAAGGUUUCUAUGGAAGUUGUGGCCAUCGAGAAGCGUGGCGGUGCCAAGUUUGAGGAUAUUCGCGAGCUUGUGAGCGGCCAACGUGGACGACUUGUCUACGAGAACGGUGACCCAGACUACGGAAUCUGGACUGCUGGUAUCGCGAUUGGCCUGAUAAACGACAUACCGACUUGUGAAGAGCUUGUCAGCCGACUGGAGAGUGAGACUGAGCAAAUCAUCAGCAACAUGAACUCGCUCGUUGUCAAAUCGAAACUGUGA